AUGGCCAGCCUCGCCCCCAGCCAACCACUUGCAAGCACCUCUACCCGGCCGCGUAAGAGACAUGCUCGUAUCCUCUCCGCUGAAGUUGACGAAGACGCGGUCACAGGCGACCAGACCGUUUCAGACAUCAAUGCUCUCCUCAAUCGUGAAUCGGCAAAGACAAAGCUACGGCGUUUAGCCGUAUCGUCUGACAUCACGGAAAGCUCCGGGAAGAGCGGACAGCAGGUGUUUAACCCGAUCUGUACCGAGACGACCUUGACGGCUUGUAAGAAGGUCAGAGAGCAGUGUACAAGAGCGCACUUUGAACCAAUCAAGAGACACUGGACAGACCCCUCCCUGGGAUAUUGCUCUUAUUUGAACCUAUGCUACGGUGAUCCAAUGUUCCAAAAGAACCCUUCCCUAGGCGGAGGAGAUUCUGGAAGUGGUGGAGCCAGAGGCACAAAAGAGUGCCGGUAUCAGCAUUUCCAAGUGGUUGGCAUAGAGCAGCCCAGUGGAGAGGUGUUGCCCGAGACCGGCUACGCAUUGAAUGAAGUCGUGCGGAGGAAACUUUUGGGUGAAGAAAAACGAGGUCAUGAAGCAGGGGGCAUACAUGGGGCAAACGAGGUGGCGCAGUGGGUGAACUGUGACUUGCGGCGAUUCGACUAUUCUCUGCUCGGACAGUUCCAAGUCAUAGUGGCCGACCCUGCUUGGGACAUCCACAUGUCUCUCCCCUACGGAACCAUCACGGACGACGAGAUGCGCAAUCUUCCUAUCCGUGCUCUCCAGCCAGACUGGGGCAUCUUAUGCCUCUGGGUUACCGGGCGUGCUAUGGAAGUGGGCCGUGUCGUAUUCGCUCACUGGGGAUACAGGCGCGUGGACGAGUUGGUCUGGGUCAAAGUGAACCAGGUGCAGAGGUUGAUCAGAACGGGGAGGACGGGACACUGGUUGAAUCAUACAUGCGAGCACCUUCUCGUCGCCCUCAAACUCCCAGAAGAUCACCCUCGUGACGCUCCCAUACCGUGGGAUACUGUUCCUUCUCUUCGGAACCUCCGGAAGAACCUGGAUACCGACGUGGUUGUUGCUGAAGUCCGCGAGACGAGCCGAAAGCCUGAAGAGGUGUAUGGGGUUAUCGAGAGGUUGGCAGAGGGCGGAGGGAGAAAGUUGGAGUUAUUUGGGCGAAAGCAUAAUGUCAGAAAAGGUUGGGUCACUCUGGGUAAUCAGCUGGGCGAUUCGCAAAUCGCUGAACCCGACAUGCACGCCAGGCUCGUGCGGGCGUACCCAAAGCAAAAGUUCAACCUGGUCGCAAAUCCCCCAUCAUAA